AUGGCUUUUCCGGCAUACACCCCCAAGGCGCGCGUGCAGAAACCUGCACCGAACUUUUCUACUACAGCAGUUGUUGAUGGCACAUUCGAAGCCUACACCUCCACGAAGCAAUGGCUCGUCCUCGGCUUCGUCCCUAUGGCCUGGACCUUCGUCUGCCCCACCGAAAUCAUCGCCUUCAGCGAACGCAUCGCCGACUUCACUGCUCGCAACGCUAGCGUUGUCUUCGCAUCUACAGAUUCCGAGUACAGCCUACUCGCCUGGACCAUGGCGAGUCGGAAAGACGGUGGAUUGGGCAAAAUCGACAUUCCCUUGAUCUCCGACAAGAACCACAGUAUUAGCAAGGACUACGGAGUGCUGAUCGAGGAGGAGGGCAUCGCGCUCAGAGGACUGUUCUUGAUCGACCCCAAUGGUAUUGUAAGGCAGAUUACCAUCAACGAUCUCCCUGUUGGCCGCAGUGUGGAUGAGACUCUCCGUCUGAUCGACGCCUUCCAGUUCACAGACAAAUACGGCGAGGUGUGCCCUGCAAACUGGAACCCUGGUGAUGAGACCAUCAAGGCUACGCCAGAGGGCAACAAGGAGUACUUGGGCAAGGUGCAUGCGGACACUAAGAUGUCUGAUGUUGCGAAGACGAACGGUAAGUCCAUACCGGCGAGAUAG